UACAGUUUGCUCUCUGGUCGGACGGCGCGCCGACGCGAUGCUUCGCUCCCUAGUCCGCUGCCAUGCGCUCCCUCCGUCGACGCAACUCCGUCGCGUCCUCUUCUUCUCCACCGGAACUUCCGUGUCCUCCUCAGGCGUCACUGCUUCUCCCGAUCCUCACUUCAUCGUCGAAUACCUCAUGAAUACAUGCGGGUUCUCCGCCGACGAUGCCUCCAAGGUCUCUAAGUUUUGCCCUCGUAUUAAGUCCACAGAGAAGGCUGACGCCGUUCUUGGAUUCUUCAGAUCUCAGGGCCUUGAUGAUACUAAUCUGAGAAGGAUAAUAGCUUGGAAACCAGGAUUGCUCGGCUGGGAUGUGGAGACGAACCUUGCUCCAAAGUUUAAAAUUUUGCGCGACAUGGGAUUAUCUGGGUCCGACAUCAUCGAUAUCAUUCGGCGGCACCCUAUCGCUAUUGUCUCCAACAGCAAGAUCCCGCUUCUCCUCCGAUUUAAGGUUUGGGAAAGCUUAUUGGGAUCGAAGGAGAUCCUCCUCAAGAAUCUCCGGAGGUGUGGAUGGUUUUUUAGCAGCAACAUUGAGAAUGUAGUGCGCCCCAACAUGAACUUCUUACGGGAUGAAUGUGGUAUUCCUCAAGACCGGAUUUCCCUUGUCAUUAAAAGGCACCCCAGCUUCAUCGCGCAGAAUCCUCAAUCCCUCCGGGCUUUGGUAGAUAGAGCUGAGGGGAUUGGAAUUCCCCGUGAAUCUAAAAUGUUCCUUUGGAUUCUUGAUGUGCUGCACGGGGUCAGCAGGGAAAAAUUUGAGGCCCAUGUAAAGAUCAUGAACAGGUUUGGUUGGUCGAACUCGGAUUUUGUUUCUGUAGUCAAGAAGCAUCCAACUUUUUUAUGUCUUUCAACAGAGGUAUUGCAGAGAAAGAUGGAAUUUUUAGUUAAGGAUGUUGGAAUGGCACCUUUAGACAUUGCUAAGAAGGCAGUGGUUUUACGAUUAGGUUUGGAAAAGAGGUUAAUUCCUCGAUUUCAUGUGAUGGAGAUUUUAAAAUCUGAAGGGUUAUGGACUUCACAGAUGAUGUUAUCUACGUUUUUCUCAUCGCCGGGACCAAAAUUUUUGCAGAAGUAUGUACUCCCUUAUAAAGAUAAAUUACCCAAACUGCUUGAAGUCUUGUGAAUUGUAGCUGAGUUUGAGAGGAAUAUCCAACAGGGGUUUAUUUGGAAAAAUGGAGGGGGAGCGGUCUUGAUUUCAACUGCAAUAAUUUCACUAUUGGAUUGGAUUUACAACUGAACUAUCUCCAACUAGCUAGAAGAAUCUUCAUGGAGAUGAUGAUGCAGGGAGCGAUAAUACUCUACUUGAAUCAUUCGACCUCUGGAGUGGACGCACCGUCUCCAACCACAUGAAGAACUUUAGUGGAGACGAUGGAGGGAGCGACACUUAACUAUGUUGAUCAAAUGAAGAAAGUUCUCAUUUCUACUCGGACCAUCCCACUCCCAGCCUAGAUGCUAUUAUUGAAACACCUUCAAUCGCCAGAAAUUCUGCUCAUUUCUUUUCUUUAUCUUUUGU